CGCCUCUCUCCUGUGAACCGGGAGGGGCAGGCACAAACCUUCGGAGUCAACCACAGCCUGAAGGAGGGCAAAUGGGGCUUUGGGGUCGCCGCCGGGCGAGCUGAAAGUCAGCUGCAGCAGAAGCUCCCGCCUUGGGAGUUUGCCGCGAGCGCGUCUCCUCCAUUCGCAGUCCCGGCGCGGUCGGAGGAGGAGCGGGAGGGGACGGCGCUGUUGGGACCUCGCGGGCGCACGGCUCCUCGCUCUGCCCCGCGGCCCCGCGAUUUGCAGAAGGCGUGACCCGGCGGCUGGGCGCGGGGAACCGCAGAGCGGCCAUGGGUGCUGGGAGCUCCACCGAGCAGCGGAGCCCGGAGCCGCCCGAGGCGGGGAGCGGGGCGCCGGCCGAGCCCGAGCCCCGCGGCGGCAGCCCGGUGGCGGAGGCGGCGCCCGGAGCUGCGGGGGACCCGGACAUCGCGGCCGCGGACCCGGCCACCAAGCUCCUACAGAAGAAUGGUCAGCUGUCCACCCUCAACGGCUUAGCUGAGCAAGAAGAGCUCACCCCGCAGGAGGGAGUCCUGAAUGGCCAGGAGGAGGAAGUCACUGUCCCAGAGGUUGGACAGAGAGAAUCCGAAGAUGUGAAUGAAAGAGGUUCAGAUAAAGAGAUGGCUGCCAACUCAUCGGUUGUUCAGGACAUCACAAAGGAUGGGCAGGAGGAAAUGCCCGAAAUAAUUGAGCAGAUUCCUUCUUCGGAAAGCAAUUUAGAAGAACUAACGCAGCCUGCUGAGUCCCAGACUAAUGACGUUGGAUUUAAGAAGGUGUUUAAGUUUGUUGGCUUUAAAUUCACUGUGAAAAAGGAUAAGAGCGAGAAGUCUGACACGGUCCAGCUACUCACUGUCAGAAAAGAGGAAGGUGAAGGAGCAGGAGAGUCAGAGGGGGCUGGGGACCACCAAGAGCCCAGCCGGGAGGCGGGAGAAGCAACACACAAAGAAAAUGAACUGAAACAAUCCACAGAGAGCCCCGAGAAGCCUCUGCACCCCGAGCAGAGCAGCACGGAGAUUUCCCUUCAAGCUGAGUCUGGUCAAGCAGCCGAGGAAGGCAAAGAUGGAGAAGAAAAACAAGAAAAAGAACCCACCAAAUCUCCAGACUCUCCAACCAGUCCAGCGGCCAGCGAAACGGCGUCACCCUUCAAAAAAUUCUUCACUCAAGGCUGGGCUGGCUGGCGCAAAAAGACCAGUUUCAGGAAGCCCAAGGAGGAUGAGCUGGAAGCUUCCGAGAAGAAAAAGGAACAAGAGACAGAAAGAGUCGACGCAGAAGAAAAGGAAAAGACAGAAGAUACCUCUGAGAAACUGGCUGCUUCGGAACAACCACAGCCACAGGAGGCCACAGAGAGUGUCCGCGAUGCCAGAUUAUCAGCUGAGUAUGAAAAGGUGGAGCUGCCCUCUGAAGGUCAAGGGCAGGCAUCUCCUGAAGAGAGAUCCGCCCCUUUGGCAACAGAAAUAUUUGAUGAAAAGGUAGAGAUUGUUGCAGAAGUCCACGUGAGCACGGCGGAGAAUGCAGAGGAGCAGGACGCUGAGGUGGAGGAAACACAAGAGCCCCAACCGGCUGAGAAAUUGGCCGAAACCAACGCUGGGCCUCAGGAAGCCGAACCUCCAGUGUGUGCGCCUGGAGGGGACCACACCCAGCCCCCCGAACCAGGUCCCGAGGAGCAAGCGCUGUCUGCCCAGCCGGAAGGCAUCGUGAGCGAGGUGGAGAUGCUGGCAUCCCAGGAGAGAGUGAAGGUGCAGGGAAGCCCGCUGAAGAAGCUUUUUACAAGCACUGGCCUGAAAAAGCUCUCCGGAAAGAAGCAGAAAGCGAAGCGAGGGGGAGAGGAAGAGUCGGGGGAGCAGCACGCGGCCCAGGCGGAUUCUCCCGAGAGCCCAGAUGAGCACAAGGGCGAGAGCUCUGCUUCCUCCCCGGAGGAGCCCGAGGAGAUUACGUGUCUGGAGAAGGGGAUCGCAGAGGCCCACCCGGACGGGGAAGGCGAAGAGGGAGCCACUUCCGAUGGAGAGAAGAAGAGAGAAGGUGUGACUCCCUGGGCAUCUUUCAAAAAGAUGGUGACGCCCAAGAAACGUGUGCGAAGGCUUUCCGAAAGCGACAAGGAAGAGGAGCUGGAGAAGGCGAAGAGUGCCACACUGUCAUCCACGGAGAGCGCGGCCUCGGAGAUGCCCGAGGAGGGGAGAGGACACGGGGAGGAGCCGAAGCCCGAGGAGCCGAAGCGCAAGGUGGACACUUCGGUGUCUUGGGAAGCUUUGAUUUGUGUGGGAUCGUCCAAGAAAAGAGCAAGAAAGGCAUCCUCUUCCGAUGAGGAGGAGGGACCGAAACCCACGGCAGGAGAAGGCGCCAAACCGGACGAAGCAGGAAGAGACAGAGAGGCGGGGCCAGAGGCUGUCCCCGCAGGUGCCCAGGAGCACGACCCGGGGCAGGGCAGCUCCUCCCCCGAGCAGGCGGGAAGCCCCUCGGAAGGGGAGGGCGUGUCCACCUGGGAGUCCUUUAAAAGACUGGUCACCCCGAGGAAGAAAUCCAAGUCCAAACUGGAAGAGAAAACCGAAGACCCCGGGCCGGGGGCCGGUGUGGAACAUUCGGCGGCAGAGGUGGAACCCGGGAAGGAAGAGUCUUGGGUUUCAAUUAAGAAAUUCAUUCCCGGCCGGAGGAAGAAAAGGUCGGAUGGGAAACAAGAUCACGCCACUGCCGAGGAGGCCGGGCCGACAGAAGUCAACGAAGACGACGCCGACGUCCCGGCGGUGGUCCCUCUGUCCGAGUACGACGCCGUGGAGAGGGAGAAGACGGAAGCGCAGGAAGCCCGCAGGAGGGAGGAGACGGCCGAGCCAAAGGGGGCGGUUUCUGUGUCUGAGGAGCUCAGCACGAGUCUGGUUCAUACCGUGACUGUGGCGGUCAUCGAUGGGGCGAGGGCCGUGACCCAUAUGGAAGAAAGGUCGCCUUCUUGGAUCUCUGCUUCGGCGACAGGGCCCCUCGAACAAGCCGACGAGGAAGCUGGACCACCCCCUGCAGGGGUGUUGGAAAGAGAGGGCAGGGCAGAGGACAGCCCCGUCGCCACCCAAGGCCUGCCCGAGAGCCGGGAUGCCGGUGAGGACACCCUCACCGGUGAGGUGGAACCCACUCCCGAGGCCGUGACGGCUGCGGAACCCACGUUUGGUGCCGAGGAGGCGACCGAAGCAUCUGGUGCCGAGGAGACCACCGACAUGGUCUCGGCCGUCUCCCAGUUAAGUGAGUCUCCAGACACCACCGAGGAGGCCACACCGGUUCAGGAGGCGGAGGGCGGCGAGCCCGACGUGGAGGGCCAGGAGAGGCGGACCCAGGAGGUCCUGCAGGCAGUGGCGGAAAGGGUUAGAGAAGCGUCACAGCUCGAUGUCGGGGGCCCGGGAGCCGAGAUUCACACCGCGCGGAAAGAGGGAUCCCGGCUGCCAGAGGUGGGGGAGACCGAAGAGGACCCUCCCGUGUCGGAGCUGAAGGAAGAGGGGGACAUGGUGUUGCAGGGGCACGCAGGAGAAACAAAAGCUGAGACUCUGACACCAGGGGACGUCUUUGGACAGGCCGCCCCAGAACACGCUGGAGAAGUCCCUCCAGUCCCCGAGAGCGUCCUGUCCAGCGAGCUCAGAACCCCCUGCCAAGCCGAAACCUUGGUUGGGGUAAAAUCAGAGAUCGUCCUGGAACAGGCUGUUGGCCCCGACUCGGCUGAAACGCUCACAGACAGCGAGACCAGUGGAAGCACCCCCGUGCCCGACUGUGAGGCUCCCCGUGCCACGCAGCAAGUCAAGGUCAUGGAAGUCCACGCCGAGGGUGAAGGUGCAUCCGGUAUAAAAUCGCAGGUUACGGAGGGCCAGGCAGCUCCUGCACCGAAAGAGAUGCCCCCAGCACCCUCUGGGCUUCAAUCCCAGGAAGAAAAGAAAGAACACUCAGAAAUUGCAGGGGGUCCAGAGCAUACGGAUAAAGAGGUAUCAGUGGAGGCUGUACCCAUUCUUUCAAAGGCUGAGGCGACUCAGGAGGCUGGCCAGUUUGCUGAUGAGGAAACCAAAGACGUACCCUUCGUUCAAGGACUUAAAGUGUCUGCAGACACAGAAAUGACAGCUGGACAGAAAAAGGCCAUUGAAGUCGCCCUUAAAGAUGAAGUUACUGAAGAAGCUGAUGGUCAAAAGAAUGAAAAUACUGAAUUCCAGAGUCCUGCUCCGCCUCUUCCAGCCCCAGGGGGGAGAGAGAGGGUAGUGCAAGUGGAAAGGGAGGAAGCGGUGGCCAAGGCAGCCCGAGUGAGUGAAGAGAAGCUUGAGCCAAAACCAGCCGAAGUGCUCAGCAAGCAGCUGGUCCACACGGUUCACGUGACCGUCGUAGACGGGGAGAAGGAAGUUCUCCCUUUUGAAGAAAGUUCUCCUUGGCUAGUUCAAGCGGACAGGCUCUGCACAGACAGUCAGGCCGAAGUGCUCAGCAAGCAGCUGGUCCACACGGUUCACGUGACCGUCGUAGACGGGGAGAAGGAAGUUCUCCCUUUUGAAGAAAGUUCUCCUUGGCUAGUUCAAGCGGACAGGCUCUGCACAGACAGUCAAGUUCAAAGCUCGGAGGCAUCAUUACCUCUAACAGCUGCCGCUGUGGAGAAGAAGGUCUUAGGCGAAACCGUCAAGCUUUUAGAAGCAGCUGGGCCUUUGGAGUCUGCAGAUGCACGUUUGGAACCGGAAGCGAAGCCCUCUGACCAAGAAGACGUUAUGGGUCAGCCCGGGGAAGAUGCAGCGCCCACAGGCCCUGCGUCUCAGGCAGAAUCGGCCCCAGUCGUCAUACCCGCCGCCCCUGCAAAAGGCGUCAGUGCUGACCUGGAAGGAGAUAAAACCACCUCCCAGGAAGGGAAGUCCGGAGAAGACUGCGAGCAGGUUAGCGGGCAGGGAGACAGAGCGAGUGAAAUGAGAGAGGAAGGUUUAAAGGCCGAAAAGGAGAUUUUGCAGCUUAAGACUGAGAGCCAUAAACUUGUGCAAAACGUCAUUCAGACAGCCGUUGACCAGUUGGUAGGCACCGAAGGAACAGCCACCGACUGCCAGACAGCGGCCCAGCUGGCAAAGGCUGACCAUCGGGAGGCUGAACAGAAAAUUGGAAAAGAAGAAAGGGAACUUCAGGGCUCGGCGGAGGCUGAGGCAGCCCAAGAGGAGUCCGCACUGACCACCGUGGGACAAACCCCCUCAGAUAUUUCCAAAGACGCGAAUGCAGCUGCAGAGGAGGUCACGGCCGUUGAGGUCAAAGGCUCCCCAGUUAAUGACCAGCUGCCUGAAGAGCUCGUCCUCCCAACCCAGGAAAAGAGAGAAGCAACCGGAACCAAGUGUGUGCCAGAAUUGGGUGAUCGUGCCGGCUUAGGAGAAAGAACAGAGAAUGAACCCCAAGAAGAUGAAAAACGUGACGCUGUCCAUUACCCUGAGAACCAAAUCUCAGCCCUGGUAGACCCCGAGGCCUCGGGAGACUUAACCAAAGAGCCCCCGGAUGCAAAUGGACCAAAACUAAAAGAGAAGGAAGUGGGAUUUCAGGAAGGAAAAGGGCCGAGCGAGCCAGAAAAAGAGAUCAAAACGCAAACACAGGAGGAGGCACAGGAACAAGAGAGGCAGCCAGCAACGCCAGAACUUGCGGAACCCUAAGACAUCAGUUACACGAGUGUCUUUGCAAGACCAGAAUGUGAAGACAAGUGGUAGAAGAAAAUGAAUGCUGCUGAUGACACUCAAGACCAAGAUUUCAGAACUUUGAGAUCCCAAGAACAGGCCCGCCAACCGAUCUCAUUCCCAGAGAACCCCGACAAUCCUGAGGCUGCUUCGGGAGCUAGAACCGGUUCCUCCGCAAGACCGCCUGCCGCGUCCCCUUGAUGCCAUAUCGUGUUUCUCAUCCGAGCUCCUGAAUUCUUCACCUGGAACUGGAGUUGGCAACACCUAGUUCCACUUCUCAAACUGGAGUAUCAUUCUUUAUGUAUUUAUAUGUAUGUCUUAAGUAAUCCUCCUCCUGUAUCUAUUGUAUAUUUUUUCCUACUGUUUAAGGAGAUGUGUGGUAGAGUACACUUCCGAUGUACCCCAGUCUGUGAUGGGGCAUGGGCCAUAGUGUCGCCGCGGCAGCUCUGAGCCUCCCGUACAACCUGUGAAAACAGCUUCCUAGAAUAACAUUCCUGAGUAGAAGCUACAUUCUCACUUUAAAAUUCCCUAAGGACGAGGCCCGUGUUUAGUAUUACUCUGAAGUCGGUCACUUUCCUAUGAUGCACAAUGUGCUAAAAAUGAAAAGCAUCUUUAGGGCGGAAGCAUACAGAAUGUUCUGUGGUUACUGUGAAAUUUUUCUUUCAAGCCCAGUGGAGAGUGGAAGGUUUUUUUUCGUGGUUUUUUUUUUUUCAGUAGUAGAUUAACUUCCAGUCUUUUCUCCUAAUUGUUAUGGUGGUUUGGACAGAUGUGGGCUUAAUCCUGAGGCAAAGUAGUGAAAUGUUUUUGAUACUCUCAAGAAAAGGAUUGACUGUAAGUUUUGGGUUCUACCCUUACAUGCGGGACCACAUUCCCACACAGCAUGAAGCAAAUCAGGCUCUCUACAAUGGCAUUUUGAUAGAUGCUGGAUUGUGUCUGUGCCAUAUUUGUGCCCACUCUUUUAGAACAAUGUUGCAUUAUGUUCAUUUGGAUAAACUGUGAUUUGACAACUGAUUUAUUAGUAAAUAAAAUAUUUGCUUCACUUAGAUUUGCUGGUUUUAUUAGAUACUAGGAAGGCUGAGACCUGUGUUUCCUGCCUUCUGCAAGCGGAAAAAGCUAGAUAGAGCUUUCUAAUGUAGUUGCUGCAUGACGUGACCACUUCAUACCAGUUUGAGUUCAUGUUCAGAGGAAGUCAUAGCAGAGAGGUGUCUGCCAAAAUAAACCAGGGGCUUUUCAGAUGGACGGUACUGAUACAAUGCUACCAUCUGGUGGUAUCUUCCUGAAAAGGCCAGUUUUCUGCAGUAAUGUUUGUUCAUGAUGAGUGUUUCUAGAAAGAAAUUUUAAGAAGGCUUAGUAGUAAAAUUGCCUUGCAACAGGAAUUUUUCUAAAUGUUAAAAAUGAUGUCUGAUUCUUGCUCAUAUAUAAAGGAUUCUGUUGAACAGUUGCCACACCAAGAAUAGUCCGUUAUCUGCCCUAAAAUUCCACUUUUCCGCAGGUAAACUGGCCUGGCAAAUACACUUUAAAAAUUUUACUCCAGCUCGGUACUCCCAGUUUGAGAACUUAAUUUCAAUGGCCAAUUGAUUUUAAAGGAUAACAUUCUAGAAAGACUGGAAUAGCCUUUUAGCAGAAAGAACAUUUGCUGUUAGAAGUGACGAGUAGUUGCUCUGAUACCAACACACCUGAUUAUAAUAAAACACUGGCUGUAGUAGUUGCUCUGAUACCAAUACACCUGACUACAAUAAAACACCGGUUCUAGUGUACGGCCUUGUAGCUGGAAAGUACUGACUAGCUUUUAGGAAUUACUCUCAUGUAUAAUAGCCACCUGUGCUUAAUUGUUAAACUUUAAAAUCUCCAAAUUAAAAAAAAAGAAACCUGUGAUCUAAAUCAGCGGUUGCCAACCGGUGGUCCAUGAGGUCCGAAAGGUCGGCGACCACCGGUUUAAGGAAGCCUUUGGAGCAGUGGUCACCAACCGGUGGUCUACAGACCAAUGGCGGUCGGAAGGUUGGCGACCGCUGAUCUAAAUAGCUUCUCUGGCCAACUUGGGACUUCUUUAAAAAAAGUGCUCGUGUCAAAUUUAGAAACAUCAAUGAUGAGAGAGAAUCAUUGAUUGGCUGCCUCCUGCACACCCCCUACUGGGGAUCGAGCCCACAACCUGGGCAUGUGCCCUGACAGAAUAGAACUAUGACCUCCCGGUUCAUAGGUUGACACUCAACCACUGAGCCACACCGGCCAGGCGCCGGUGUCAGUUUUUGAAGAUCAACCAAAACGUAUUGGAGAUGACAGCAAUUUGGAAGGAGUUCAAUGAGAGCUCCAAUACUGACUCAACUUCCUCUCUCUGGCAGGAAGAAACUGUGCUAUUUUGAGCAGAUUAAAGAUUUGUGUCGUUUGUGGUAAACAGAUUUCCUUUUUUUUUUUCCUUUGGUUUAAAUUCCAUCCCACCACUUCAUCACAUUUGUACUGACAUGUGGCCAAGCAGGUCAUCACAACUGGUCGUCUUCAUGACUCUGCUCCUACUACAUCUGGACGGGCCCUGGGUUACUUCUGUACAAGCUCUGUACCUCUGUCUGUUAAGCAUCAUUGUUUUCCUAACGAGGAAUGCUAUUAACAACUGUAGCGUGAAAUACAGUUCUGUGUUAUAAUUCUAAAGCUGCCGUUACUUUAUGAAGUUCAUAGUAACCAUGUAAACUGCAGAAAUUGGAGCAAGUGCCUAAAUUUUGCUAUUUUUGGCAUUACUAUGGAACCAUGUACAACAGAAAGCAAUGCAAGACUUGUAAACUCUCGCCACUUCUUGUAAUUGAAGACUAUAAAAUGUGCCCCUAAAGAUUAUUUUCUUAAUGGUUCACACAAGUUGUCUCUCUCUGUACAUGUCUACUUUGUUCCAGAAGUUUCCUUUGCUGUUUGGAGCUACAGAUAGUCAAGGGCUGAAAAUUUUAGCUUUCAGUGUAAGCUUCAAGCCUUAGCAGUUUUCUUUAACCUAAGACAAUAUUUGAUUCCUAGUUCUGUGUGGGGGCAAAUUUUCAUUUAUCUAAAUAAAAUGCAACCUAAUGAAA